UCCGCCUAUAGAAGAAACUUAAAGGUGAAAAUGGUGAAAAAUUGAAGCAAACUGCAGCAGAACUUUGCAGAAGUUCACUAAAGUGCCUUUGCAUCGAUUUAAACCUAUCAAACACACUUAUUUUUAGAAACUCAUCACGUCCAGAACAGAACAGAGCAGAUAAACACUCGUCUAUGAGUCAAUUUAAUUUACUUUAAACACUUUUUCAUCAGAAUUUUCCAUCGCUUCAAAUGAAACUUCUCUAAUUUGUAGAAAAUCUUCCUAAGAUAUUUUUUAUUGGUUUUUUCAGCAGAUUAUCAGUCUAAAUUUUCAAGUACGCGGCCUCAAAGAUGAGAGUUUAUCUGCUCUGUUCUGGACGUGAGGAGUUUUAAAAAAAUAAGUGUGUAAGACUGUUGUUAACUUCUGAAAAAUUCUGCUGCCGCCCGUUUGGCUUUAAUUUUUCAGCAUUUCAGCCCUCUGUAAACGGACACAGAAGCGAUAUUCUAUAGAUUCCAGUUUGGAUGUAAGGAAUUCUUGAAAAUAUGUCUGUUUGAAAAUUUUCGUUGGUUUCAAAUAUCAACCUUCUUCUUCGAUUUGUAUUAAAUCUUCCUAAGGUAUUUUUUCUUGAAAUUUUUUAGAAGAAGAACAAAAGACCUUAGGAGGAUUUUUCCAAAUCAGUGAAGUUUUAUUUGAAACCAACGAUAAUUCAUAAACAGACAAGCUUUCAAGAAUUCCUUACGUCCAAACUGGAAUUUGCAAACAAAUUCGUCUUCGAAACGAACUAAAUUUAUGAAACACGCUCAUUUUUCAAAAUACUCGGGUUUGAAUCAGCCUAUUUAAAACAUGCGGAAAAAUUGAAGAAAUUUUUUUUUCCACAAAUUGGCGAAUUUCAUUUGCAACGAACGAAAAUUGUCAACGAGACCGAAUUUUAAGAAUGUUUUAGUUGCAAAUUUGAGCCUUUAGAAACUCCUCUCUUUGUCCGUUUAUAGCAAAUACUUGAGCGGUGAAACGCUGAAAAUAUUAAGCAAAUCGGGACCAGCAUAAUUUUCCAGAAGGUAACAAAAGCGCCUUUGAAGCCGACUAAAUUAAUCAAAUACGCUGAUUUUUUUUAAAUUCAACGCGAAAAGAACAAAUCACGUAAAUACUAGUGUUUAGAUCCUUAUCAUCAAAAACAUGCGAAAAACUUUAAGAAAAAUGGACCGUAGGAAGAUUUUACACAAAUUGGCGAAUUUCUUUUAAAACGAGCGAAAAUUCUCAAACAGACCGGUUUUCAAGAAUUCUUCUAGACCUCGCACACACUCAUCUUUGGAUCCGUUUACGUAAAACUGUUGACUGAUAAUAUGCUGAAAAAUACCUUAACAGAACUUUCAACAAAUUAGAAGUUUCAGUUGAAACUAACAAAAAAUCUCAGACAGACUUUCAAAAAGUUUUACCUCCAAAACCUGUAACCGCUAGAAAAUUGACUCUUUGUUCGCAUAGAGAAGACACUUGAAGGUUUAAUGCUGAAAUUUUCAAGCAAAAUGAUCAGCAGCAGAAAUGUCCAAAAGUUGACAAAAGUGCAUUCGAAACGAACUGAAGCUCACAAGGCGCUGAUGUUUAAAAAUAUCCCAUUUCCGAAAGCAAGAAGAUAGAAACUUGUGUUUGGGUCAAAAUUUCAAACACUUUAAACAGUUAAAAAAACGGACCGCAGGAAGAUUUUCCACAAAUUAGCCGAGUUUCAUUUGAAACAAACCAAAAUUUUCUAGCAGACUGGCUUUCAAAAACCCCUUACUUUCAAACUGGAACUCGAAGAAAAUUGUUUCUGUAUCCACGUGUAGAAGACAAUUGAAGGUGGAAGUGCUGAAGAUUUAUAUGUAAAACCGACCGCAAGGUUUUGCAAAAAAUUUGUGAUAUUUUAUUAUUAUUUAUUAUAAUUUGAAGCCAACUGAUGAUCUCAAGCAGAGUGGGUUUGGACAUAUUUUGACGCCUAAUCUAGAACAGGUAGAAGUUCGCCCCUUUAUGUGAUUUGUAUAAGAGGCUUUAGUGUUGAAAUGUUGGAAAAUUCAACUAAACCAGAUCAAUGGACGAAUUUUUAGCAAUAAAAAUGAAAAUUUUGAAAAAAACUUCUCAAGGAGACAGAGUUUCAAAAAUUCCUCAAGCCCAAUCUAGAGCAGGCAUCCACUUGUCUCUUUGUCCAUUAAUUUAAGACACUUGAGAGCUGAAAAUUGCAAGCAAAAUCGAUGGCAGGAAGAUUUCAAAUAAAUCAUCAAAAGUUCGGUUGCAACAAGCCAAAACUCUGAAGCACACUGAUUUUCAAAAAAAAAUCAAAAGCCUAAAGUAAAUCAGGUAGAAGCUUGUCUCGUCUUAGUGUCCGUUGAUAGAAGAAGCUUGACCAAUAAAACGCUGAAAAACUUCAAUAAAACAGCUAGAGGAAGAUAGUUCAGUAACCUAAAGAAGUUUCAAUCAAAACGAACUCAAUCCCUCAAGCACAAGUGGCAUUCAACAGUUCUUCGUGUCGAAGUUACAGCAAGUUGAAUUUGAUCAUUUCUAGAAAUUCAAAUAGAGAAAGAUUUCUAAUAAGUAAAUCCAGAGAAUGAGUUUUAAUCAAUUUUUUUAUCUCAAAUAAUGAAUUGAAGUCAAAUUUGUUGGAAUUUUUAGAAAAAUUAAAAUUUCGCAAUACAGAAAUACCGUUCACAGUGUCAAUUUUGACAAAAUUUAAAACAUCACAUUGAAAAAAUAAAUUGUUGGCUGAGAUGUCGAUAAGUGCGAAAGAGAGGCACUUGAGUGCAACGAGAAAAAAGUCCCGGCGUUAUACGCACGAUGUCCUCAGAGCCACAAUUGAGAGUGAAACUGACGACUGCAAACGGCUUCCCUAUCUGUUGCACAAACAGUGCGAAGAACGAAAUGCUCCAGCGUAUCCAGAGGUGCAUGCCUAUAUGAUUAAGGAGGACGGGCAAGUUGUCUUGGUCGACAAUGCUCCAACUAUCAGAAAAUCAAUUAUACCGCUUGAUUCCAACCUAGUCAUAUAUGCGUACAGCAACUUGAACCUGAAAUUACGAGCUUUGGAUUUUAGAUGCUUCCGCAUUAUGGACCCAAGGCUGUUCUUUGCCAUCAUCCAAACAAUGCCGCACUUUCCAGACUUAUUUUCCUUGCAACUAGACUACUGCAAUCUGACCAGUGAGCAUAUUCUGAUCCUGAAACAACAUCUGAGCCGCCAGAAAACACUCAGCGAAUUGAACCUAACAGGAAAUCCCCAUGGGCAUCGUAGUUUUCAUCGUUUACUGCGCUGCGGCCUGAAAGUAUUAAUUCUGAAAUUUUGCAACAUUGCUGAAAAAGGCCUUCGAAAGAUGGCUAGCGAGUACUUAAACCACCCCUAUGAGCCGCCAGGGUUGCUUCAUUUGGAUUUAUCUCAUAAUCCAGUAUUUGAUGAGGGCUGCAAAUACAUUGCAAGCAUUUUAAAAUGCGACAGAACUUUGAGAUCCUUGAACUUAACCGACUGCAAAAUCCGGGACUCUGGUCUCGAACUAAUUGCUCUCAGUUUCCGUACAUUUGCCCUGAGCGACGACGAAAUCUGCGUCCGCAGGAAAAUUAGGCUGGACUAUUUUCGACUCUUGCAGGAAACCCCGUUUUCUGAUGAGCCAAAUGCGACCAAACCUGAAGCCACAUUAGCCAAUCCAAAAGAUUCGUUUAGUUUAGUGGAAACAACAGUGAAAAUCCACCCAUUCGUCAAUGAAACUGUCCAGGAAAAUGGAGAAAUCCUGGUCAAAGGGAACUGCACUCUGGAGCAUUUGAAUAUCUCAUAUAAUCAACUGUCCAAAUCCAGUCUGGAUCUGUUGCUGAAAACCGUGAUGGAACAAGCGGGAACCUUGGAGGCGCUCCAGCAGCUGGUUCUUGAGGGAAAUUGCCGGAACGAUCCCGAAUGCGACAGCUUGAAAAUCACUAUCCAGGAAUGGUUGGCAGGGAGAAAAACACGCAGCAGAUCGCUGCCUGGAAGUGUGAAGAGCAAAUCGAGCCUCAAGCGCCGAAGGUCCAGUGGCGCCACCUCAACUACUAGCGGCUUGAGCAGUAGGGACAAACACAGCUCAAUUCAUGCAUGAGGUUGGUUGAAAACAUUGCGUCCGUUUCGUGAAAAGAGUUUAUUAAAUGGAGUUAAAUAAG